AUGACGUCCGCACUGAUGUUUCUGAUGUUUUUUCUGGUUGUUUGGAGCUCGACUGGUAGACGUUGGACUGAAGAAGACGAAGAUCGCCGCAUUCAGGACGUGAGUUUUUUUGAAGUAUUUUGUUUUGAGAAGAAAUAAUUUAAAUAUUGGAAUUGUUAAUCUUAUAACUUGUUUUGAAGUAUCACUGUGGGAAAACGUUUUUGCUGAGGUGUAUGUAGAAAGUUUUUUACCAAAAUAAGGAGGGCUUCAAACGAAAAUACAAGUGGACACCUAUUCUUAGAAGAAGGUUUGUUUGCUUUGAUGAAUAGCCAUUUUUUCUUUUAAACGUACACGAAAAGCAAAUGCUAGUAAUUUUGAAUCUCUUAAAUUUUUUCUGUGCAAGAAAACUAAUUGAUUUUUUCUUCGAUCGAACAAAUCGAAUAACAAACUUGAGAUUCUUUGACUUUCCUGUUGUCUAGUUCUAGUUUUUCGAAACGCUCACGGUGAUUUGUUCUAUCAAGGAUACUUACCUUGGCUUUUUUUUCGAUUUUUGCUCUGGUUUCCGCUUCUGUGUUCUGAUCAUCAUUCUGAAAAUUUCACGUUUUCGCUCAAAAUUAUCCUUCCGAGGAUCCUCAUGAAACGCUUGAAAAUUGAAAAAAAGGGGAAUCGCUCAUCGAUUUACCAUUAACAUAUGUGACUAUACGAAUACACGCGCCCAUAAACAGCCACUUCUUUUUUUUCUAGCGCUACUGAAAACUCUACGGAAACGUAGUAGUCGCUCGCUUUUUUUUCUAACAUCAAAAGAGGAAAGGAGUAUGAAAACCUUUGAAACUUAACGCGAUUACCCCAAACGCCAUGAAAAACUGGUUUUACUGUAAGCUACGAGAGAAAACUUAGAGUUUUGAUGUUGCAGCGAUAUCAAAAAUUGCAAUAAGAACUUUGAAGCAAGUUAACAGGUGAUAGGUGUUCUAGCGUUUUAGCCGUAAACUUUUUAAUUUUUUUCGAGAAACUUCGAAAAAAAUUUUUUUUCUAUUUAAAAAUGUAUAAAAUCACUGGGUAACACGAUUUCAAAAAGAAUUGUCCAAAGAUUAUUCGUUACAAUUUAUCGCCGUUUCUGGCACCAUAGUAAUAUGAGAAUUUUUUAAUCCUCGCGGACCAGACAUGUUUACUUUGGGUUUCACUGACACCACCAGGCGGAUCUGUCAAAAAAUGUGUGACUCUACCGGUUUUCGAUUUGAAGUCGAAUUGAAAAAAAUCCGCUUUUGUUUAGAUAAACGAUCAAGAGCGAAAGAUGUUCGAAAAUGAGAUGCGAGCUCAAGAAUAUACUCGACUUGGUUAUAAGCCCACUUAUGAAAAACCUCAACAACUGUACUCUUCAAACGUCAAAUCACGGAAAUAUUUCCAACCUGCGGAUCCGCUUCCCGACCCUCUAAGAUCGCCCGAACCAGGUCAGACUUCAAUUAAUCAUCCACGGUGUUUCUGUCGAAUGAGCUUGAGUUUCGUAUUGUAUGAAUUCAAUGAAAAUUUCAACCUGUUUCUUAUAAAUAUUUCAAAAAAAAAAGAAAAAAUAAUAAUAAUUUCUACCUUUUCGAGGUGUCUUCUCAUCAGCAAUUUUCCACUUAUGAAAGCGCCUUUUUGGAUAGUCAAUGCUGCAUGAACUUUAGAAAAUCCUCAGAAUAAGGAAUAUCUGCAUUCAACCUCACAAAAAUUUAGAAUCAAUGACUGUUUUAUUACAGAAGAACCACAACAAAACGAGAAGUUUUGGUGCUACCAUUGCGCGUCACCAAUCAACAAAGUCUCCACAGAUUUGCGGAAAGCUGUCAGAAAUUUUCUUGAACUGAGAAGGACUACUUAUCCCCAAGGUUAUUUGGUCUGCAAAUCAUAUCGAAAAUUUCGAUUUUUGCUUCCAGAAGCUGUAACUCCAGAAUGUGUGAGCGCAAAAAAUUUCUCGGCUUUAUUGAAGCAACAGUGCAAUUAUCACUACUGCCAAACUCUCUCCCUCGUGGAUCAUAACGAAGGUUGAAUUUCCGAGUUUGUUUUGAAAUAAAUUAAAUUCAUUCAAGGGGCCAGUUUUGUGAUAAGAGGAUGCGCGGAAAACUUUGGAGCCAUCAAUACGCAGGUAAUGGACAGCAGACCAGACUACUCUUGCAACAAGUGAGCAAUUAACGAACUUGAAAUAAAAGAAGUAAGAACAAGCUGAAACUUGUUUGGAAACUUUUUGCAUAGAGCUCCCUCGAUCUGUGCAAAUAAAAUAUAAUUUCGAAUGUUUUUGUUGCGUUUUUGACUUAAAACAAAAAAAUUUCCAUUUUAAUUAUAAUUUUCAAUUAAUAGCUUUGAUAAAAUGAAAUAAAAUGUUUUUGAUGAUAAUAUAUCUGAGAACAGCAGUUUCUAAAUAGCCUCUCAAAUAAGUUUCAGCGAAACGUCAAAGUUUAUAGACCUUGAAUGACUUUGUGUAAGAAAAAAAAUCCAGGGCUUUUUUUCAGGUUGCACGACAAAAUGGAUAUCAGAGAAUGUAUUUGCAAAGAUUCGCAGUACUGUCAUGCUGGUCGACGAACUAGAAACAGUGAUUCGAACUCCAAGAAAGCGUCAAUUUUGAUAUUUUCUUUAUUUACUCUCACUAUUUUGCUCUGA